UUUGUUUGAAUGCUUCGGAGUCAUUCCUUAUCCGGUGGUAUGUUCAGAUUUUUGGCUUGUUCGAAAAAUAAUGGACAGUAAUCGAGAAACAAAUGAAAUAAUUGACGCAAACGACGACGAACAAAACAUUAACACCAGCAACGACACCUCAGCCUCUGAAACUUCAAUUGUAGAACAUCUUCCGCCACAGGCGGCGACAUCGGUGUAAAAUUAUAUGGCUAUUGAAGCAUUUCCAACAAUGAUUACAAUGAAAGAAGAGAUCUCAGAAACCGAAGGAGAGUUGGAUGACAAAUCUCUCUCUGUUGUACCAAUCUCGACGACAUCGUCUAGGGCUGUGGUUGCAAAGAGGAAAUCAAAGGACCGACACACGAAGGUGGAGGGUCGUGGUUGAAGGAUUCGAAUGCCGCUGGCAUGUGCCGCAUGAAUAUUCCAGCUGACGGAAGAAUUAGGGCUGAAGUCAGACGGUGAGACCAUCUGGUGGCUAUUAGAGAAGGCGGAGCAGGCCAUAAUCAAAGCCACGGGGACCGGUACCAUCCCUGCUAUCGCGAUCUCUGUGGGUGGGACCCUUAAGAUUCCAACGACAUCUUCCGCAAGACCGAACGGUAACAUCAUUGAAGUAAAUUCCGAGAAACGACGUCGUAAGGAGUUAAAUAGUGAGUUCAUUGAUGUAAGGGACAAGGCUUCAUUGUCUUCUGGGCAAGCUCCUAUAGCACCAAUGACGUACGGGGCUAGUGAUAAUGGGGCACAAGGACUAGUGCCUGUGUGGCAAGUUGGAACAAAUAAUGCUGCUGGUGCUGGGCAUUUUAUAAUGUUCCCGAAUUUUGGGGGAGUUGUUCCUGGCAUAGCAAAUCAAGCCUAAUACUGGGCGUUUCCAGCUGGGGAUGGUGCAGCGACAUCGUUUUUUGGUGUGCAAACGAGACCCAUUUCAAAUUUUUUCUCGGCCUUGCAGCCGGUUCAGCUCCGGGACCCACAAGCAUCGGCCGGGUCAGUUUCAAGCAACGUUACACCUACAACUGGGGCCGGUGGGAGUGGUUCGUCUACUAAUAGUGAUAACAAUGGUACCGACUCUACGACAACAACUCAGAUGUUGAGGGGUUUCUCUUUAGAGAUAUACGACAAGAAGGAGCUGCCGCUUAUGGGUCGUUCACAACAAACUUAAUGCUCAAAGCCUUGACUUGAAUUUUUUUUUUUUGUUUUACUUUAACAUUUUUUCUCUUUCUUUACGCCCAAGUCCAACAACUCCCAUUAAGCUAAGGUAGUUGCAAAAUUAUGAGUUGUUUUGUAUUUUAGAGUAACUGAGAGUUAUAGUUAUUUCCUAUUGGUUAAUGCACAAAGAUCUAGAACAACUUUUCCAUUCUCCAA